CGGGAGGCUAUGCUACACUGAAAGCUCAACGCAACGUGAACGACAAGUUUGAGCAAAAUGUUGUACUCCUCUCUCGUCAUCCUCCUCGUCAUCGGCACCAUAGCUUGCAGUCCUGAGGUCACCCAAAACGAUCAGACAAUUCACCAAGAUCAGGACACUACCCUCCAAGAUCAUGUCGCUCCAUUGGAGAAGAGAUCCCCUCAUUACGACUUCGGUUUGGGGAAACGAGCCUACAGCUAUGUCUCAGAGUACAAGAGGCUACCCGUCUAUAACUUUGGAUUAGGAAAAAGGUCUCGUCCCUACUCCUUCGGACUGGGUAAGCGAUCGGUUAAUGAAGAGCAGACUGACGAAGAGUUCCCCAAUGAUCUGGACCAGGAAACCUUGGCUGAAGUUAUUGACCAAUACGAAGACGCGCCAGGGUACGAAAUCAAAAGAGCUCGCCCGUAUAGCUUCGGUCUCGGCAAACGCAUGUCCGAAGACGACAGCUCAGAGGAGAAGCGCGCUCGCAUGUACGAUUUCGGCCUCGGAAAACGACCCAACCUCUACAAUUUCGGUCUCGGCAAACGGGCAAGGAGCUACAACUUCGGCCUCGGGAAACGUUUGAGCAGCAAAUUCAAUUUCGGCCUCGGGAAAAGGGAGAGAGACAUGCACAGGUUCAGCUUCGGCCUCGGAAAACGUUCCGCGGACAUCCCGAUCGAUGACAACUACUACGACGCUUAGAUUAAUUGUGGAUAUGACGUGGGAACUUGUGUGGAAUUGAAACAAACGUAACGUUACUGUAAACUUUUAUUUAAACGAAUAGAAUAAUUAAUUCAGUUAUGAUAAAAUAAAAAGUUAAUAAAUAAAAUGUUACCGUUUUUUUUUCAUAUUAAAAAAAAAAUCCUCUUUAAAUAAUUCCACGUGAGUUUUCAUAAUAGUGGUUAAUUUAAUUGUAUCAUUACGAAUACCGACUGUGUGUUUGAGAUAGUGAAUAGCAUUUAACAACUAUAAUUACGAUACGUAUUCAUUUAUUUUAGAUAAUAUUAUUUUAAGUUUUUUAUUUUGUAAAUUUUCUCGUUGUCCUGUAGCUCGUAUUUAUUAAACAUUGUAAGUUAUGCUUAUUAAUAUGAAGUCAUAGAUCUACGAAAUUUGGAUAUAACUUUUAUUGAUUAAAUAUUAUUUAAACCUAUCCGAUUUUGCCUGUUACUAGCUGUCAUUUCGUUCUGUCUUUAGCGAUAUCCGUCCUAUCCUCGAUUCAUCUCUAUUAUUUAUA